AUGCACUUGGAGUCUUCCGAUCAGAAUGGCAACGAGUUCUCUCCAUUCUUUGUUGCUGGCGUGUUCACCUGGUACUCACUGCUAGCCACCGCCCUCGCCCUCCCCGACGACGGCAAGGUUGUGGCCAUCGAUGUCAGCCGCGAGAGCUACGACAAGAUAGGGUCGCCGGUGGUCGAGAAGGCCGGCAUGGCGCACAAGAUCGACUUCCGUGUGGGGUUUGCCCUGCCGGUGCUGGAUCAGCUGGUGGCGGAGGAUGGCACCAGUGGCAAGUUCGACUUCGCGUUCGUCGACGCGGACAAGGCGAACUUCCACCACUACCACGAGCGGCUGCUGCGUCUGGUCAGGGUUGGGGGCCUCAUCGCCUACGACAACACGCUGUGGGGCGGCUCUGUGGCUGCGCCCGAUGACGAGACGCUGUCGGAGCGGGACCGCGAGCUGGCGCAGAUCGCCAGGGAGUUUAACGCGGUGCUCGCCGGCGACCGCCGCAUCCAGGUGUGCCAGCUCGCCAUCUCCGACGGGAUCAUGUUGUGCCGCCGCGUCGCCUGAUCGAUCGGCUGACCGGCUGCCUCGGCUGGCGUCAAUGCUGGUGCUUGGAGUCUGAAUAAGCAACAAUGUGGGUUGCAAUGUCAAGCAGAACGAUGUAUGAUAGGAUUGCCAAGGUGGUGUGAUGUUGGAACUUGUCGGGCUGUGUGUAUCCUCUGUAGAGAAUGAGUGUAAACUCUUUAGGAUUAUACUAGUAUUGCCCUGCGACAAUUUGAAUUAAUAAACCUUUA